AUGCGCAACUAUAAAAGAAAAUCUGAUCGUGGUACUAAAUCUGUUGAGUUGAUGCUACGGGCAACAGAUUUAGUUAUCAAUGAAAAUAAAUCAUUGAGGCAGGUAUGUCGUGACUAUGAAUUAAGUAAAACUUCACUGUCAAGAUUUAUUAAGCGAAUGAAGAAUGACCCUCUUAACUUGAGAUUUGGCUAUGGUUCUCCACGGCAGAUAUUUAAUAACGAACAAGAAGCCAGUCUCACAGAAUACUUGCUCAAACUUGCACAAAUUUUUCACGGCAUAGGUCCUAAAGAAGUUCGUCGCAUGGCUUAUGACUGUGCCAUUAAAUAUAAAAUAAGUGUAGGUACCGUCAACAUGGCAUACAAAUAA